AUGGCCGACGACGUCGAUUCCAUCGUCAAGGGCGCCUCGGCUCCUAGCCAGGGCGUCAAGGAGGUUGCUGGCUCAAAUUCUUUGGGCAAGCAGGGCGACCCUCUUAUCCAUACUCCGAGUUCGCCUUCCAUGAUUUACCUAAAUCUGUUGAUUCUCGAGGCGUCACUACGUGCCCAGUUUCUUGAGCUGCGCGCCAGGAAGCGUCACCAUACCUUCUUCCUUGCGCUGCUUACAAUCUGGAUCGCCAUGUUUGGAUAUGCUCUCUUCUUUGCCCCCCGAGAAGACGGUAGGGGCGUCGGUGGCUCCAUCUACUGGGCCGUAGAGGGUGCCGAGAAGGUGUGUUUUAUGGGUGGCAUCAUCACCGCAAUUCUUGUGUGGGCAACUGGGAUCUGGGAGCGCGGCAUCAGGUGGCCGCGACGCUGGUUUGCCGUCUCCAACAGAGGACUGCGCGGCUUUAACUGCAAGCUCGUCAUAAUACGGCGACCGUGGUGGGCUGAGGCGCUCUCGACCCUUGGGUUUUUCUUGACUUAUGGCCUCUUCUCGCAUACCGCCAGCUCCUCCUACCGAUACGUCGAGCCUAGCCUCUUGCGCGAGGUCGAGAGGGAGCUUCAGAUCUCGAACGAUAACCAUCCUACGUUGAUACUCCCCCACGAAGAUGAGGAGCGGGGUGGCCAUGAAGAGGACCUCGCGCCAGGUGGCGACUAUGUCAAACUGCUACUCCUUGCCAAGCCCUUCUCAGCUACCUUUAGAGAGAACUGGGAGCUUUAUCGGACCGAGUAUUGGGAGAAGGAGAAUGAGCGACGCGCAUUGCUACGUGAAAAGGUCAAGGAACGGGAUCACCAGCUAGCAAGGCAGCAAUAUGGGUGGUUAUGGUGGCUCCCAUGGCGACAGCCUCAACUCCGACGACAGGACCCUGAGAAGGCGGCUCACCACCCGCGCCAUCCCGUAACCGAAAAGGAACGUAGGCGCCGGGGGAGCAGUGUUCGUCGUGCCUCAACCAGCUCCACCAGGAGCCAGACGCCGACUCUGGAUGGUGAAGAUCUCCAGGUCAGUCGUCGAUCUAGUAGUGGCUCGAUUUCUGGACGCCGGAAGAGGCUCUCGACAAGCUCCAAGCCAAAGCGACCCGGAAGCGACUCACGAUCCGUCACUCCGGAUUUCCCAUCGCCCCUGGCUCGAGAGAGCAGCGCAACGCAUACUGCA